AAAGUCUGCGUUAAACUAACGAGAAAUCGAGAGGGGCUAGGGUUUGUGAUUCCAAGAAAGAAAGAGGGGAAAAAAGAUGAUAGAGGUGGUGCUGAACGAUCGUCUGGGGAAGAAAGUGAGGGUGAAGUGCAACGAAGACGACACGAUCGGGGAUCUGAAGAAGCUGGUGGCGGCGCAGACGGGUACGAGAGCGGAGAAGAUUCGAAUUCAGAAGUGGUACAACAUCUACAAGGAUCACAUCACUCUCAAGGACUACGAGAUCCACGACGGCAUGGGUCUCGAGCUCUACUACAAUUAAGGCGAACCGGAGGGGGUGCUAAGCAAGUGUGAGCUGAAGGAAUGUUGUUGAUUUGCACACCUCCAUAAAUAAAAUUAAAAACAACAAAAAGUACGUCUGUAAAAUUGGGUAAUUGGUUUCUGAUUAUGUAUUGCUUUGGUAAAACUAAAAUCAAAUGUGUUGUAAUAAGCUAUACUCUUCCAACUUUUGUCUACGGUAAAGUCUCUUGGUGUUGUGCUCAAGUUGCUAUAUUUCUAAAUGUUGCCCAUAUCUUUGCUA